UGUGGCUCGACUGACCUCAGAGACCAGAACCAAAGGGGUCAUAGGUACUUUCAUAUUACCUUUAAAACAUUAUCACUGGGGCCAGCACUGUGGCAUAGCAGGCAAAGCUGCCACCUGCAGUGCCAGCAUCUCAUACGGAUGCUGGUUUGAGACCAGGCUGCUCCACUUCUGAUCCAGCUCUCUGCUAUGGCCUGGGAAAGCAGUAGAAGAUGGCCCACAUCCUUGGGCCCUUGCACCCACAUGGGAGACCCAGAAGAAGCUCCUGGCUCCUGGCUUCGGAUCGGCACAGCUCUGGCCAUUGUGGCCAAAUGGGGAGUGAACCAGCAGAUGGAAAUCCUCUCUCUUUCUCUGCUUUUCCUUCUCUCUGUGUGUAGCUCUGAUUCUCAAAUAAAUAAUUAAAAAAAAGAGAAAGAAACUUUAGGAACUAAGUUGUCAGUAGAUUAGCCAAGUGGGAUUCCACAGGAAUAUAGUCUGCAAAACUUUUUAAAAAAUUAUCACUGAGAAAUACUGUGGUUAUCUUCCAAACACUAUACCCAAAAUCAACCUAAACUGAGGGAAAGGAUGAACAAUGUAACAGAAUUCAUCUUGCUGGGCCUCACCCAGAAUCCAGAACUGCAGAAAUUCCUAUUUGCUGUGUUUUCAGUCAUCUACUUGAUCACACUGGCAGGUAACCUGCUCAUCGCAGUCACCAUCUUUGUCAGCCCAGCCUUGGGCUCUCCCAUGUACUUUUUCCUGUCCUAUCUGUCCAUUAUAGAUGGUUUCUACUCUUCUUCCACAGCACCCAAAAUGAUCUUUGAGUUGGUUUCUGAGAAGAGCACCAUCUCCUUCAAUGGAUGCAUGACUCAGGUAUUUUUACAUUUCUUUGCUGCAGCUGAGGUCGUAUUAUUGAUUGUCAUGGCCUAUGACCGCUAUGUGGCCAUCUGUAAGCCCCUGCACUAUCUGACCAUCAUGAGCCCACCUGUGUGUGCUUCCCUGGUGAGUGUGGCUGGGAUCAUCGGAUUUCUGCAUGGAAGCAUCCAGAUUUUGUUUAUGGUCCAGUUACCAUUCUGUGGCCCCAACGUUAUUGACCAUUUUGCAUGUGAUCUCAUGCCCCUCUUGCAGCUGGCCUGCACUGACACUGAUACUUUGGGACCCCUGAUUGCUGUCAACAGUGGGGCAGUAUGUUUGCUCAGUUUCCCUAUGCUGGUUGCUUCGUAUGUCAUCAUCCUGCGUUCUGUGAGGGCUCAUAGCUCAGUAGGACCAAAAGCGCUGUCUACCUGUGCCUCUCAUAUCACUGUUGUCAUCUUAUUCUUUGUACCUUGUACUUACCUGUACCUGAGACCCAUGACCAACUUCCCCACUGACAAGGCUGUGACUGUGUUUUGCUCCUUAGUAACUCCUAUGCUGAAUCCUUUAAUCUACACUUUCAGAAAUGCAGAAGUGAAAAAUGUUAUGAAGAAGCUCUGGGGCAAAUCAUGAAAACUGAGGAUAAAUAAAUCUUGUGAUUUGAUUUUUAAGCCAAAAAAAAUCUAGUGAUUUUCAUUGGCAUUUGUUCUCCUUUUGGUUCAUCUAAAUUGAGACAGUUAAAUACCUUGUGUGGGUCACCUUUCAUUAAGCAUCUGCUUAUACUGGACAGAGCCCACAUCUCCCACGGCACCGAAGGCAUUGGCUAGGCCCAGCACAUUUGUAACAGCCCUGGAAAUUGCCUAGUUUAUGUUCUAAUUAGAAGAAAAAGUGCAUACAUUCAGAAAAGCAACCUGAUUGUAUUCAUCAUUACAUAAAG